GCGGCGCCGCCCGCGAUGGCGGCGGCCGGCGGGGGCCCGUGAGGGGCCAUGGGCAACGCCGAGGGCCGGGCCCCGCGCCGGGCCCAGCCCCGCGGCAACCCCGGCAGCUUCGAUGAGCUGCACCGGCUCUGCAAAGGGGUGACAGCCGUGUCCCCAGGGGUGACAGCCGUGUCCCCCCAGAGGUGUUCCCGCCGCAGAUGGAGGGGGUGAAGCUGAUCGUCACCAAGACCCUGAGCAGCCACUUCCAGGUGACACACACGGUGCACAUGAGCACCCUGGGCCCCUCCGGGUACCGCUUCAACGCCACCUUCGUGGGGGACCGCCAGCUGGGGCCCACCGAGGUGUUCCCCAUGCUGCUUGGGGACAUGGACAGCAGUGGCAGCCUCAAUGCCCAGGCCCUGCACCUGCUGGGCGACCACCUCCGUGCCAAGGCCGUGUUCCAGACACACCAGGCCAAGUUUGUGACGUGGCAGUUCGACGGUGAGUACCGGGGCGAGGACUGCACGGCCACGCUGACCCUGGGCAACCCCGACCUGCUGGGCGGCUCCGUGAUCGUGGUGGCACAUUUCCUGCAGAGCGUCACCGCCCGCCUGGUGCUGGGCGGGGAGCUCGUGUACCACCGACGGCCCGGGGAGGAGGGAGCCAUCCUCACCCUGGCCGGGAAAUACUCGGCCCCGAACUGGGUGACAACGCUCAACGUGGGCUAUGGAGGAGCCCACGCCAGCUACUACCACCGGGCCAACGAGCAGGUGCAGGUGGGUGUGGAGCUGGAGGCCAACACCCGUUUGCAGGAGAGCACCUUCACCUUCGGCUACCAGCUCACCCUGCCCGGGGCCAACGCCGUCUUCAGAGGGCUCCUGGACAGCAACUGGAGCGUGGGGGGGGUGCUGGAGAAGAAGCUGCCGCCGCUGCCGGUGACGCUGGCGCUGGGAGCGUUCCUGAACCACUGCAGGAGCCGCUUCCACUGCGGCUUCACCGUCACCGUGGGAUGAGCCCGGGGACAGGGACAGCAGGGACAGGACAGGGGGACAGCAGGGACAGCAGGGACAGCAGGGACAGGACAGGGGGACAGCAGGGACAGCAGGGAGAGCAGGGACAGGGGACAGCAGGGACAGCAGGGACAGGACAGGGGGACAGCAGGGACAGCAGGGACAGGGACAGCAGGGACAGGACAGGGGGGACAGCAGGGACAGGACAGCGGGGACAGCAGGGACAGGACAGCGGGGACAGCAGGGACAGGGGGGACAGGACACGGGGACAGGGGACAGCAGGGACAGGGGGACAGCAGGGACAGGACAGAGGGACAGCAGGGACAGAGGAGACAGGACAGAGGGACAGCAGGGACACUGGGGACAGCUGGGACAGGAGGACAAGACAGUGGGGACAGCAGGGACAGGACAGCGGAGACAGCAGGGACAGGGGGGACAGGACAGAGGGGACAGGACAGUGGGACAGCAGGGACACUGGGGACAGCUGGGACAGGAGAACAAGACAGUGGGGACAGGGGACAGUAGGGACAGGAUAACAGGGACAGCGGGGACAGUGGAGACAGCAGGGACAGGACAACAGACACAGGACAGUGGGGAUGGCACAGUGGGGACAGGACAGCAGAGACAUGGGAGAGCAGGGACAGGACAGCAGGGACACGAGGACAGCGUGUGGUGGCACCGUCCUGCUCAGGGAGCUGCCAGGCCAGGCCGUGCAGGUGCCACAGGGACAGCGGGGACACGGCGGGCUGGGGACAGCGAGUGACAGCGCCACGGGGGGGGCUGAGGGUCCUCGUUGUCCCCAGUGCCACUCUCUGGGGGUGGCCGCUGCCAUGGGGGGGCUGAGGGUCCCCUUGUCCCCAGUGCCACUCUCUGAGGGUGGCCGCUGCCAUGGGGGUGCUCCCCAUUGUCCCCAUGGCGGCCGUGCCUCAGUUUCCCCGCGGUGACACGCCCGGGAGCCAGGAUAAAUAAAGGAGCUUUACUCUGUG